UUCCCCUUAACGGACUUCGGCGUCGGCCCUUCUCCAUAGCAAUCUUUUAAUCUCACCGUUGCUUAGGCUCAGAGGAACAAACAAUACCUAAUUCAUCCGCUCUCUCGCCGAACCCAUCAUCUUCUGGUUGUACGCUUGUGAUGGAUCCAGCACAGAACACAAGUUCAGCAGCAGUAAUUGGUGGUAGUGGGAGUAAUGGUACGAUGAGAUAUCAAACCAAUGAUGGGACUUCAUCUGUCACCGCUGUUGAUGAUUCAAAGGAGAAUAUCAACCAAGUCGUAAACUCCACUGAAAAGAUUUUGACUCUCGUUCAUCAAUUACAGCUUACCCUCACUUCUUUCACACCCGCAUCUCAGCUGCAUCUCCUUCAGCGCCUCAAUUUACUUGUGUCGGAGCUGGAUAACAUGGAUAAGUUGUCCGAGAAAUGCAACUUUCAAGUCCCCAUGGAGGUUCUUAACUUGAUUGAUGAUGGGAAGAACCCGGAUGACUUUAUGAAAGAAGCUCUUAAUAGCUGCAUAGCCAGGAAUCAAGUUACAAAGGGCAAGACUGAUGCUUUUAAGGAUUUGAGAAAACACAUUCUAGAAGAGCUUGAACAGACUUUUCCUGAUGAAGUCGAUAUUUAUAGAGAAAUCCGUGCUAACUCUGCCGCUGAAGCGAAACGGGUGGCCCAGUCGCAAAGUGCGUUACCAAAUGGGGAUGCAAAGGUCAAGAAUGAGCUAUAAGCAGAGCCCUAAUUUUCCUGUUUUAUCUUUACCUUGUAGAAUAAAAUUACUAAGUAGAUGAAUGUUGUACACAAACAAGACAAUCCCACUUGGAAUUUCUAUAAUAUCUUGGAUCUCUUCAGGCUGAAACCAUACAUGAGCUGCAGUUUUUU